AAUGCAUGAUGGGUAUUGCUAAGGUACAUAAACUGUCAUGGCGGAAAAGGAGACAAGUUUGAACUUCGUCAGCUUCGUCACGUAAUCAGAAAAGUUAUGGCGGCUGACAUUCGUGGAGAAUCACGGGGAAGCUAUCACAGCCAGUCCCAGUAUUCUGAGUCCACAGUCAUCAACCAAGACAUUGCAGACCCAGACUUGUUUCAAGCAGAGGUCUUUCCCACAAAAACAGAGAAAACUUCUCCACAGAAAAAUGUUAGCUUUGCCCCAGAUUCACACCUGGAAAGAGCUAGAAGCAUUGAACAACUUUCAAGUCGACCUUUGAAAAUUCCAAAUGGAAAUGGACCAAGUGCAGCCAGUCAUUUACUGGCUCGACUGGUGGAUAGAUCAGAUAAUUCCCAAGCUUUAAGAGUUGCCAGAGGUCAACCAAAGGUUGCCCCAUCAUUGGUACCUCCUAUUGGAAAGAAACAAAACGCACUGCCUGGUCCAUUUUCACCAAGUCCUCCACCACCCAAAACCAAUGGUACCACUGCCCCUCCUCCAAGCUACUUCCGUACCACAAUGUUUAAGAAAGACUAUGAAAAGAGACAACAAAAAAGAAAAGAUGCAGCACAAGAUGAGAUGCUACUUACAGUAGAUAGGAUACACAGGCCAGUACUGCCAUCACCUGCACCGUCUCUGACAAUGGACGAGAUUCCCCCAGAGGAAGCUGAAGAAUUGGAGGUCAUGGCAGAACUUCAGGAACUCAUGGGACCUGGGACUGAGGCCAGCACAAUUAUUAAAUCAGAGAGUAUAGCAGAUUUAGAAGAUUUGGAAACCCCAACCAGUAGAGAAGAAUUAAUUGAAGAAAAGCAUAUGGCCCCUUCUAAAAGUCGCAGUGCAGAGUCCAAACCAGGAACCUCAUUCACCUAUUUCUCAGUUCCUUCUCCAACAAAGGAAGAACAAGAUGAAGAUGCUAAGAUACAGUCCAUGAUGGAAAAAUACCCUGAAACGAUCCCAAUCAUUGAUGAAGUCAAGGAUGAUAAAGCAUCGACUGAUCAUAAGGUCAAAGGUAGACCCAGCCAACUAAUCAAAUCAGACAGACAGGCCAGAAAGGCAUCAGGGAGAAAGGACAUGAGUCACGUGUUGUCUUACCUGAAGAAAAACAAAUAUGAUGACACAGUGCCAGAAAAUGAUGAUAUAAUGGACAACCUGAUUAAACUAAGGGAGAGACUGGGUUGGAAGACAGAAAUUCCGCGUCAUGCUAUGGGAUGUAAGACUGCCAUGGGGAAACUGAAGGAUAUGCCAGAUAAUGAAAAGGAGAGAUCCAAGAUGAAGGAGGAUGAUGGUGAAUUUUUGUACUGUCUUCCUAGAGAGAGGAAGAACCGACGAGCAAGAUACGAUCCCUUUGAUUUACAAGUUGUCUCCCCUAAUGAAGCCCAAAAGUCGGAUCAAUAUUACACGAUAUCUGCUUCUUUUAUAACAAGGUGUAUACAGAGUAAAUCUUUGACCUACAACACCCCAGUACUGUGGUGGUUAUGGGAGAGGAGACUUUUCUACAUGGUCUACAACUUCCCUGUAUUUGUCAAGUUCAGAUUAUGGAAGACUUUUAAACAGUGGAAAAGAAAUGUCAGGCUACAAAAGAGCAGUCAGAGCAGAGCUGUUCUGUAUAAAACUCUUUUCAUGGCAAAUGAGAUAUUACAAGGAUGCCUAGUCCAUGUUCGGAAGCUAUGUGAGGCAGCUUCAGGGAGCCUGACUGGUCUGGGGGAGGGAGAACACGCCAUUUCCCUGGUGUCUUUAAACAAGACACAGACUCUGACAUUGGAAGAUUUCAUGUCUAUUCAAGCUCAGCAGGGGAACAAGGCAUUAAAACAACUGAAUGCACUGAGGGCUAAAAUUAUCAAUUUGGUCUGGGAAUCCUGUGCUACUGUUGCUGAGAUGGAGGGAAUCACUACAGGGAUCAGAGAUGAAAACAAUCCCAAGAAAGUCAAAAUCCAAGUGCCUAAAGAGGAGCCUGUUCAGGUGGUCACAAGUAAAUCAAAGCUCCAGGAGAAGUAUGGCUUCACAAGCAAAACCUCCACUGUCGUCAAAGCGAAUGAGAAAACCAGAGUGAAACCAUUGUAUGCAGAAAUUUCUGAGUGGAGGAAAAUCUUGUCCCGAUUGUGCAGUUUCCUUCGCUCUGUUGACUAUUUAAUCCUGGAGAUGUUACGGCGACUGGUGUUGACAGCUGUCCGGCAGUUGUUAGAUCACUUAGUGACAUCAUAUAACAUCACUGAUGAAGAUGAAGAAAAGGCUUCAUCCUACAUACCAUCUGAACUCUCGUCUGCUAGCUCCUCUCCCGUGCCAGUGAAAAAACAGAUGAGCGAGCAUGGGGCUUAUUCUGACAGAAGUGAUAGUGUUUCAUCUGUGAGCAGGCCAUUUUCUGGAAGGAGUGGCAGUCAUACCAGCAGCAGGAAGCCAGCGAUCCCUGUCCCUCCAAAGGCCAACACCCCAUAUGAGAUACCCCAUUUUGACUUUGACCAACCAGAAAUUGUAGAGGGCCCACCUGAUGUUGACGAGGUGUUAGAAGAAAUUAGACAGAAGGAUGUAGUGGAAGAAAUCAUAGCCCCAGUAUUUAGUAUACAAUUGGUUCUAAAUGUCCCUGGUACUGAGAAAACUAUCAAGGAUGAGAAAAAGAUGCGCAGGCGAAGCAAAACAGUAUCUCCCGACAAGAGUGGCUAUUUCAGUGUGGGAAAGUCAGACUCAGCUUCAACUAGAAAAACAGUCCAAUUCCAAGAUGUGCAGGAGUUCUCAGAGAGUGAAUCCGAAUCUGAGGAGAGUGAAUCGGAUGACUCUGGAGAAGAAUCAGACCGGAGGAGAAGGGACAGUUCUGACAGUGACCAGUAUGAUGAUGAGGAACAAACUCAUGAUGAGUAUGCUUACCCAGAGCAAGACAAAAGGGCAAAGGGAGGCAAAAAGAAAUCCUAUGUGACUUUGUCGCCAACUGAAUAUGAAUUUAAAUCUGGAAUCAGGACAAUAAUAUGUGGAUUUGAAAACACAAUUGCACAAGUAGUGUCCAUGUUGAGAGAGCCCAAACUGAAGGUAUUUUACUCACCGCCUUCACAUGAUCUUAGACUAAACUUUGACCAGGAAGAAGAAAGAGACAGGAUGGAAUACCAGCGACCAUGGCCAGACCUCGAGAACCUUUUUGGUGAUGACCUGGAAUACCAAAAAUAUCUGACCGACAUUGGUUCAUACAUGGCUCUGCAGUUGGAGCAAGUGAAACAAUUCUCUCAUAACUUUAACCAGUACUGUGAAAUGGUAGACAAGAGUAAAGCCCUGGAUAUUGAUGGAUCUAUGGCUCAACACGAAUGGUCCACAGAGGAAUUUAACCAUGUGCUUCCAACCUUCACUGAAAUGAUAAGAGAAAUGAGGAAGAUGACGGUGAAGAGGAGAUGCGCAAUGAUUCUAGUGAUGAGCUCCAACUAUAGGGAUUCCUGUUUGCCCUAUCCACAAGAAAUCAUCGACAAAACUCAUCAUAAGCUACCUAUCAUUGCAAACAAAAGGAAUGAAGAUCUUCUUACUAUUAUCAAGGGAGCUGCAAGGAAGCUGGAAGACUAUCCAAAAUCUGUGGAGGAGUUUGUAGAGCAUUUGUCUUUCCUGUCCAAGAUGACGUCUGAAAUCACAGCACUGGACAAGGAAUUUCUGAUUGUGACCAAACUGUUCACCAUUACUAAGGACUUCUCUGUGAAGAUUGAACCAGAAGACUUGGCUCUGUAUCAGACAUUGGGUCCCAGUUUCCAAGGACUGAAAAAUGCCAUACUUGUGGGUGAAGCCAAGAAAGAUGAAAACAUCCGUAAAUUUAGUCAGGACUUGGAUACCUUGAUCUACAAGAUCCGCAGCAAACUGAUGGAGAUCAAAAACCGAGUGCGUGACCCAGAUCUUCUCAGCACAGACAUUAUAGCUGUAGCUGCCCUGAGUAAGCUGGACUCAAUUCAGAGUGAAGUGAGCUCAUUGUCCUCCAAAGCUAGAAGUUAUGCAAGCUACCAGGAACGAUUUGGUAGCUCACUGUCCAAUUCCAAGAAGGGCAUGUAUGGGGAAGAGUACAUGCUAAUGGAUCGCUAUGACAGUCAAAGUGCUACAGAGAUCCAGGCUGACUUAUCUGACAUUGAGCGUGACCUGACCUUGAGACAGUUGCUAUGGCAAUCCCAGGAAGAAUGGGACAAGUUGUAUGAGGAAUGGACAGCCACACCAUUUGAUUCUUUACAAGUGGAGUUGCUACAGAAAAAUGUGAAUCGAUUUACUCAGACAGUGUACAUGUUGGAAAAAGGUUUACCAUCAAAUGAGGUCCUACCAACUCUGAAGGCCAAAGUGACUGAGUUCAAGCAUGGCAUGCCAGUGAUUACAUCUCUGAGGAACCCAUCUCUGAAAGCUCGCCAUUGGCAGUUGAUAGAGAGACUGAUCCAGAAGUCCAUAGCAAGAGACAAGAACUUCACUUUGGCCAACCUACUGGAAAUGAAUAUUUUCAAACACAAAGAGAAGAUACAAGAAAUCUCUACCAAAGCUAGCAAUGAGGCAACAUUGGAAAUCAUGCUGGAAAAGAUUAUCAACUUGUGGCAAAACACAGACUUUCAUCUUUCUCCUCACCAAGGCAGAGACACAUUCAUCAUUGCUGGAGCAGAUGACAUCAUGGCUCAGUUAGAGGAAAGUCAAGUUACCAUAGGAACCAUCAAAGCUUCCAGAUACAUUGCUCCAAUUCAGACACAAGUUGACCAGUGGGAGAGCAAGCUUGGUGUGUUUUCCAGGACUUUGGAUGAAUGGUUAACAGUGCAGAGAAUGUAUCUAUACUUAGAGCCAAUUUUUGGUGCCCCUGACAUUCAGAGAACUUUGCCUGGGGAUGCUAAGUUGUUCACUGCAGUAGACAAGUCUUGGAAGGACAUCAUGAGGAGGGUGGAGGACCGCCGGAAUGCCUUAAAGGCAGCGACCACCACAGGAACCCUGGAAACGCUAACCUCAUGUCGACAGAACCUAGAAAAAAUACAAAAAAGCUUAGAGGAAUACCUGGACUCGAGAAGAGUUGUCUUUCCUAGAUUUUACUUCCUCAGUAAUGAUGAGCUGUUGGAGAUUUUGGGUGCCCAAUCAAAAGAUCUUAAUGCUGUUCAGCCACAUCUUGGCAAAUGUUUUGGAAACAUCAAAUAUUUGGAGAUUGGACAGAAUCCACCUACCAUCAAAACUAUGGUAUCAUCAGAAGGAGAAAGAGUUGCCAUGCCAAAGAACAUAAGAGCUAGGGGUUCUGUAGAACAAUGGUUGGUCUAUGUGGAGAAUGGAAUGAUAGACACAGUCAAAAAGCACCUGAAGCUUGGCUUGGCAGACUGGUUGGGAGCGGAUCAAAGGGAGUGGGUGCUGAAACACCCUGGUCAAGUUGUCCUCACUGUGACUCAGAUCAUGUUCAACAAAAAUAUCAUCCAAUGUUUUGACCUUCCCAAUGUGGUGAACAGCUUGAUUGAUGUCAAGGACAAGCUCGUGGACUCACUGAAUGUUCUAGCUCGCAUGGUCUCUGGCAACAUUCUGUCUCACCAAAGAGAGAGCAUCAUGGCUCUACUAACCAUCAAUGUACACAACAGAGACAUCCUGCUGGACAUGAUAGAGCAACAGAUCAAAAAAGUGGAUGACUUUAUGUGGACUAAGCAGCUAAGGUAUGAGUGGGAUGAACAGAGUAAUAACUGUUUUGUGAUGCAGUCUAAUGCCAGGUUCCAGUAUGGGUAUGAGUAUCUGGGCUGUUCACCCCGCCUUGUCAUCACCCCCCUCACUGACAGGUGCUACCUUACACUAACAGGUGCCCUACAUCUACACCUCGGGGGAUCCCCAGCAGGGCCAGCUGGAACAGGCAAAACUGAAACAGUGAAAGAUUUGGCUAAAGGAGUGGGAAAGCAAUGCGUUGUCUUUAAUUGUUCGGAGGGUCUGGAAUACCACACUUUAGGGAAGUUCUUUUCUGGUCUGGCUCAGUCUGGAAGUUGGUGUUGCUUUGAUGAGUUCAAUAGGAUUGACCUGGAGGUCUUGUCUGUAGUAGCACAGCAGAUCUUAAUGAUCAAGCAGGCCAAAGACAGAGAAGAUCUGAGGUUUAUGUUUGAAGGAAAAGACAUCAAACUUAACCCCACCUGUGGAUACUUCAUCACAAUGAAUCCCACAUAUGCAGGCAGAGUAGAUUUACCAGAUAACUUGAAGUCCUUGUUCCGACCGGUGGCCAUGAUGGUGCCUCACUAUGACCAGAUUGCUGAGAUAAUGCUGUUCUCUGAGGGAUUCAUGGCAGCCAAGUCUUUGUCCAGAAAAAUUGUGAACUUGUAUCAGCUGGCCAGUAAACAGUUGUCUCAACAGGAUCACUACGAUUUUGGAAUGAGAGCCAUUAAGUCUGUGCUGGUGAUGGCAGGACACGGAAGAUACAAGGAGCAACAUAAGGGUGAUCAAAGUAGAGACCUAACAGAAAAUGUGGAGUCCUUCAUUCUGAUCCACUCCCUGAGGGACGCCAAUCUCCCCAAGUUCCUCGCAGAGGACGUCCCUCUGUUUGAAAGUAUACUGGAUGAUCUGUUUCCAGGAGUUGUUCCCCCUGACCCAGACUAUGGGGUUUUAGAGAAAGCCAUUAACAUUGCUGUUAGAGACAACAAUUUCCAGAACUGGCCCCACCAGAUUGACAAGGUUAAACAGUUUUACAACCAAAUUAUGGUCCGUCACGGCAUUAUGUUAGUGGGGCCCACAGGAGGGGGCAAAACCACUGUGAGAACAAUCCUCCAAAAGGCUCUCAUUCUAAUGCCCACCAUUGUACCCCAGGAUGAAAGGGAAAUUGUGAAUAGGAAACAGAGUAUGUUCCCAGGAAGUAGAUUAAAGAAGGGACAUGUGGAGCUGUUUUCUGUGAAUCCAAAAAGUGUCCAUUCAUCAGAGUUGUUCGGAGACUUUGAUCCGUACACUAGGGACUGGACUGAUGGACUCAUAGCCUUAGCAACCCGGAAAUUCUCCAACGAAUUACAGCAACAACAUGGCACCCCAGAGGAGCAUUCUGGGAGACCAGUUUCUACGGCUGGCAAUAUGACGAAUAUAUCUGAUGCGUCUCAGACUUUGCUACGUGAUGAAAAAGCAGAUGAAGAUGCAGAGAAGAAGGAUCACAUGGACAAAAUGAUCACUAAUUGGAGAUGGUUAAUUUUGGAUGGACCUGUAGAUACAAUCUGGGUGGAGAACCUGAAUACAGUACUGGAUGAUUCUAAAGUCCUGUGUUUAGCCAAUGGACACAGAAUCAGUCUGCCCAGUGGGAUGAGGUUGAUUUUUGAAGUUGAUAACUUGUCUGAGGCCAGCCCUGCAACCAUUAGUAGAUGUGCCAUGGUGUACAUGGACCCAGUAGAUCUAGGUUGGAGACCAUUUGUAAAAACCUGGCUUCAGAAACUUCCCAGGGAAAUGCCUGAGAGUGGGCGUCGCCAUCUUCAACAGCUUUUUGACUACACUAUCGAGAAAGGCCUGAAAUUUAACAGGAAGUACUCCCGCUUCCUUAUGAUGGACGUCCCCGAGAUGUGCUAUAUUAUGACCCUUUGUAACAUUCUAUCCUCAUUUCUGGAUUUUCUAUCCAAGCAUGGAGGAUUUGGUGCUCCAGAUAGAAUAGAAACAAAAGAAGACGGUGAGGAGAGGAGGCCAGAGAGUAGAGCCUCCAGUCGCAGCUCCUCCAGAGCCUCAAAGAGCAAGAGCCUCAAGAAGAGGACCACCAAAAAGACACCCAUCAAGACCAAGGAUGUCACUUUCAAAGUAGAUGAAACCCAGUCAUCGAAAAGUUCUAGCUCCCAGGGGGACAAGCUGUAUUACCUACAAAGGAACCCUGGCCAGCUCCUCAACAUGCUGGGGAAACUGUUUGUGUUUUCCUUCACCUGGAGUAUCGGUGGAAUGUUCAAACGCCAGGAGGAUGCUGAUGACGAUGACAUGAUCAGGAGAGGCCAAGAACGGGGAGAGAGAGAUGCCAACAUAUGUAACGAGUUCGACAACUUCAUGCACGAAUUGUUUGAAGUAGAACCACCACUCGGUGUAAGGUUACCAACUGGAAACAAAGUCAUUUAUGCUUACUUCAUUGAUAUGGAGUCUGGUAAUUUUGUUUCCUGGGAUGUCCUGGUGCCCAAAACCAAGUCUCUGAUAGAAAAGGGAGCUGUUAUUACUAUAGGAGAAACAAUGGGGGUCUCAGGGGGGCACAAGAAGAAGAGAGAAGAGGCAGAGAUCACCCCUACCGUGGACCUCAUUAGGUUCUCGUUCCUGUCUGGACUUCUGUUACUACACAAACAUCCAGUGCUACUAACAGGUGAAUCUGGAGUGGGCAAAUCGGCCAUUAUAAAUCACAUGCUUGGCAGGCUAGGACAAGAAGGAGGAACUUCAACCAAGAGUGGCACAGUGCUGGGUCAGAUUCUCAGCUACUCUGACAAGUCAAAUGCUUUACUAGAGAGCAUCUCUAAACUCACAGAAUUAGAUACUGAAGAAUCAAAGAACAUUGAUGUCUUGUUGGGUACAGCCAAACCUAAAAGUUCCACUGGAAUUAUCAGCUCAAUGAUUCAGUUCUCUGCUCAAACAACGUCAGCCAGACUAAAGGCUCACAUCAUGCACAAACUGAUCAAGAAAGGCAAGGACACUCUAGGGGCUCCCCGGGGGAAAAAAGUGUUAGUGUUUGUGGAUGAUUUAAACAUGCCGGCCCCUGAGGUGUAUGGAGCACAGCCCCCGCUGGAGUUACUUAGACAGUUUCUGGAACUGGGUGGAUUUUAUCAUGCAGGGAAAGCGCACCUUGUGUGGAAGGACAUUUAUGAUGUUCAUGUUGUGGCAGCUUGUGGUCCACCAGGAGGAGGCAGGAACCCAAUCAGUCCUAGGCUCCUCAAACACUUCAGCAUUUUUGCUCUACCCCAGCCAUCAACCAGAUCCCUUCAACAUAUUUAUCAAGUGCAGUUAGGUCGAUUCUUCCAAGAGGGGGAGUUUGCCACUGAGGUGACAGAACUACAGCUCCCUCUGGUAUCUGCUGCCAUCGCUGUGUACUACAGGAUGUGUGGCAGUAUGCUGCCCACUCCAGCUAAAUCUCACUAUACAUUUAAUCUGAGAGAUUUGUCCAAGGUCAUACAAGGACUGCUCCAAGCCCACGAGUCUGUCAUUGUAAGCAAGGACAAUGUAGCCCAGCUUUUUGCUCACGAGGCAACACGAGUGUUCCAUGAUCGUCUCAUCUGUCCGGAAGAUCGUGAUGUUUUCUUUCAGUUCCUGUCUGACAACCUGCAUGACCACUUCAAGGUCAAAUGGACAAAGGAGAAGCUGAUGAAUGAACAGGUAUUAUUUGGCGAUUUCUUUGAGCUGCAGGAAUCCAAGACUGCUCGCGUGUACCAUCCAAUGUCUGACCGCGUCAAGUUGUCCCAGAUCCUGGAGGAGUACUAUCUCCGAAUGAAUUAUGGCAACACCAAGAUAAAUAUGUUUGGUGUGGUAAUCAAGGCUACUCAGAUGGUGUUUUUCAAAGAUGCAGUGGAACAUAUUACACGAGCAGCAAGGGUGUUCAGACAGCCUGGGGGUCACAUGUUACUGGUUGGUAUGGAUGGUACAGGAAAGUCUACGAUUGUCCAGCUGGCUAGUCACAUCGCUGGGUGUGAGCUGUUUAAACUGUCCCUGCACAGGGGCUAUGGAACAACAGAAUUCAGGGAGGAUCUCUCCAAAGUGUUCAAACAAAGCGGGGCGAAGGGGACGAAGAUUGUCUUCCUUCUGACUGACUCCGAUAUUGUUAAGGAAUCAUUCCUAGAAGACAUCAACUGCAUCCUAAAUUCUGGUGAGGUUCCUGACCUAUUUGACUCUGAAGAAAGGGAUGGAAUCAGGAUGGAUCUCAAACAAGCUGCCUCAGAGGCGGACAUUCCCGACACCCAGGAGUCAGUGUACCAGUUUUUCAUUCAUCGCGUCAGACAGAACCUCCACGUGGUGCUGACCAUGAGCCCCGCCGGUGGCAAGUUCCGACAGCGCUGUCGUAUGAACCCCGCCCUGAUUAACUGUUGUACCAUUGACUGGUAUGAUGAAUGGGAUGAUGAGGCUAUGUUGAAUGUAGCCCAGGUGUUCUUCUCUAAUGCUGAGUUCAUCACCAGUGAAGGAAUGGAUAUAGAGGCCUUGAAGACAAAAGUAGGGCAGGUGUGUGUAGACAUUCACAAGUCGAUCGGGAAGAUGUCAGUGAGGUACUGGGAGGAGAUGAGGCGCCAUUACUAUUCCACGCCUAGCAGCUACAUGGAACUCAUCAGACUCUACUCUAAAAUGCUCAAGGAAAACAAAACAGAAUUUGUCAAUAACAAGAAUCGUCUGAAUGUGGGUUUAUUUAAGCUGUCAGAGGCCAAUUCCUUGGUUGGAGAGAUGUCUGUAGAACUGGAGACUCUUGGUCCAAAGAUUGAAGAAAAACAAAGGGAUACAGAAAUUCUGUUGGAGCAAUUAAAGAAGGACCAGGAGGCUGUACAGGAAGUCCAGGAAAUUGUGGAACAGGAAGAAGGUGUGAUGCAGAGGGAGACACAGAUUGUACAGGACUAUGCUGAUGAAUGUCAGAGAGAUCUGUCAUCGGUCAUUCCCACGCUGAUCAUGGCCACUGAGGCUCUAGACACACUGGACAAGGGGGCCAUUUCUGAGAUCCGAGUGUACACCAAGCCUCCAUUCCUUGUGAUGACUGUCAUGGCUGCUGUGUGUAUCCUGCUUCAGAAGAAACCUGAAUGGACAGUGGCCAAGACAUUGCUGGGGGACCCUAACUUCUUAAAGAAGCUGAAACAGAUUGAUAAGGACAGCCUCCCAGAUAAGGUUUUCCAUAAGUUGAAGAAAUACUCCAAGAAUCCAGACUUUAAUCCAGAUAAGGUUGGCACUGUAUCCAUGGCUUGUAAAUCCAUUUGUGCCUGGGUGUUGGCUCUGGAGCAUUAUAAUGAAGUAUACAAGAUGGUGAAACCCAAACAGAGGAGAGUAGAAGAGGCCAAGGACGCUCUCCAUUUAGCGGAGCAGAGCUUGGCUCAGAAACAGAAGAGUCUCAAGAAGAUUCAAGACCACUUGGAUACCCUUCAACAGCAAUACAGAGACAGUGUCAAUCAGAGGGAAUCCCUUAAACAGCACAAAAUCACUACGGGGCUCAGACUUCAGCGAGCUUCUAUACUCAUCGAUGCUUUGGGAGGAGAAAAGGUGAGGUGGGCGGAGUCUGUAAAUGUGCUAGAUGAGAAGUUGUCAGGACUUGUUGGCGACACUUUGAUUGCGGCAGCAGCUGUGGCGUACAUUGGACCGUUCACCGCCACAUACAGAAAAGAGCUGGUCUCCUCCUGGCUCCAGCUCUGUGAACACUACACCAUACCUAUCUCUAAGUCCUUUGAUCUAGUCAAAAGCACGGUGGAUGCUUAUCAAGUUUUAAAAUGGCAAAAUAAAGGUUUACCUCAGGAUAACCAUUCAACAGAAAAUGCUCUUAUUGUAAAGAAAACAAAAAGGUGGCCUCUGUUUAUAGAUCCCCAGGGCCAAGCUGUGAAUUACAUCAAAGAAAGGAAGAGUAAUCGCUUAGAAGUGGUGGAUGCUUCAGAUCCAAACUACAUGAAAGCGCUGGAGACAGCCAUCAGAGUAGGACAGCCUAUGCUUCUGAAGGAUGUAUCUGAACAUUUGGAUCCAGCCCUGAGGCCUGUCCUAUUACACGAGACAUUCCAAAGAGGGGGACAAACAGUCAUAAAACUGGGAGACACAGAGAUCGAGUACAACUCCAAAUUCAGGUUGUAUAUGACCACAUCAGUUGCCAACCCCCACUACUUACCAGCAGUCUACAUUCAGGUCAACAUCAUCAACUUCACUGUCACGUUUGAUGGACUUCAGGAACAACUACUCUCUGCUGUUGUCCGACAGGAAAAACCCAUUCUGGAGAGUCAGCGCAGUGACCUGCUAGGAAGUAUAGCUGAUGAUGUAAAGUCAUUACGUGAUCUGGAGGAUCGGUCACUUAGUCUACUCCAAAACACAGAAGGUCACAUUUUGGAUGACCAGGACUUGGUGGAUACACUACAACAGAGUAAAGGAAAGUCAAGUGAAAUCACAAAUAGGGUGGCCCAAUCUGAGGAGACGGAGAAAAAACUCAACCUGGCCAGAAAGCGCUAUCUGCCGGUUGCCACUCGUGGUGCUACGCUGUACUUUGUGCUUGCUGAUCUGGCCCAGAUAGAUGUCAUGUACCAGUUCUCCCUUGACUGGUUUAAGGACAUGUUUAUCUCCUGUAUCAGUAACCAGCAGUUAACACAUGGGCACUCAGACCUCGCUCUGCUUCAGGACAGACAGAGAAGUGGACGGAGGAAGUCUAGUCUGGCCCACUUAGUGGGCACCCUGAGGCCUGGCAGUCGACAGGGCAGUGUUUCGUCCACACCUAGACCAAGUAUUGCUGAGGUCCUGACAGAGACUCCUGCGGAAAAUCCCCUGGAACUGAAGAAACACAUGCUGGAAAUGAUAAAUAGGUUAACCUACAGUAUAUACCGUGUAGUAUCUGUAGCUCUGUUUGCCAACCACCAGCUGACUUUCUCUUUUAUGCUGUGCUCCAGCAUAAUGAGGGCCAAUGACAGGUACGAGGAUGUCACCACGAUAGGCAAAAUAUCCGAUUUUGACUGGAGUGUGUUUCUGCAGGGAAACAUCCUGGCAAACAUGAUGGAUGAAAAAGUUUUACAGCAGCAUGAUGGUUUGACCUCCAUGGAGAGACUUGAGUAUCAAGCUAGAUCAGGGGACCCUGAUGCUCCUCCUAAAAAGGUCCCGCCCAACUGGGUGACGGAUGCCAUGUGGCGACAGUGCCAGCACCUGGACAGCGGCAUACCCAGUUUUGACGGCCUGUGUAGGAGUCUGAUCACAGACCAUCUUCACUGGGAACUCUUCAAACAGAUGGAGGAUCCAUUCAAAGGCAUGCAGACCAGUUACAGGGAACUAGCUGGCCAUGAUCCAGAACAUGACUAUGGCACUAUCUUUGCCUGGGAGAAGUUGUCCGGUUUUCAUCGGUUGAUCCUCAUCAAGAUUCUGCGCCCCGAUGCCCUGAUGACCUCAAUAAGACAAUUUGUAGAGGAACACAUAGGACACAACUUCAUAUCGUCUGGUUCUUUUGAUCUUAAGGAGAUUUAUGAUGAUUCUACAGCUAAAACUCCACUCAUUUUCAUCCUCUCCCCAGGAACUGACCCCUUGGCCCAGUUAGUGAGGUUUGCUGAGGAGCUCCGAGGCAGUGCCUUACACCUUGACAUGAUCUCCCUGGGACGAGACCAGGGCCCCAAGGCAGAGGAGCUGAUUUCCAAGGCACAGAUCCUCAAAGGGCGUUGGGUGUUCCUUCAAAACUGUCAUCUGGCAGCCUCAUUCAUGCCAAGACUGCAAACUAUUGUUGAGAAGCUUAGUCAUGCUGGAGAUGAUAUUGAUCCACAAUUCCGACUAUGGCUCAGCUCUAAACCAGAUUCAAGCUUCCCUAUAUCCAUACUCCAGACUGGCAUGAAGAUGACUGUAGAACCCCCACAAGGGCUGAAGGCCAACAUGUUGAGGUCGUUUGGCAGUGGAGGGACAGGAACCAUCACAGAGAAGAAGUUUGAGUACCGUGAAGCGGGACCAGACUGGCAGAAACUUCUCUUUGGUCUGUGUCUCUUUAACAGCGUCAUCCAUGAACGCAAAAAGUAUGGUCGCCUGGGAUGGAACGUACUGUAUGGAUUCAAUGAUUCGGAUUUGUCGGUUUCAGUACGCCAACUACAGAAUUUACUGGAAGAACAUGAUGACAUUCCAUGGGAGGCCUUGACCUUCUUAAUUGGUGAGGUUAUCUAUGGAGGUCGUGUAACAGAUGAGUGGGAUAUGAGGUGCCUUGGGGCCCUCCUCAAGAGGUUCUUCUGUCCUGAGGCUUUGACCUCUGACUAUACAUACUCACCUGAUGGGCUUUAUAGACCAAUCAAAUCCGACAUUGCAUUCCCUGAAGUAGUAACAUAUCUGGAGAGCUUGCCAAACUACGAUUCUCCGGAGCUGUUUGGAAUGACAAACAAUGCUGAGAAGGCUUGUCGGGAGAUGCAAGCCCAGGAUUUAAUCGAGACCAUCAUUAAUGUACAGCCCAGAUUGUCAUUGGAUAUCUUGGGAACUGAAAAAAGCAAUGAUGAUGUGGUUCUAGACGUGGCCAAUGACAUCCUGAAGCUGCUGCCAGUCAGUAUAGAGGACUUCACGGACGUUAGGGACUCCCACACCGGACCGAUUCAGAACAUCCCACGACCUUCACUGAAAGACAUCCUGUUUAAGGAGGCCCCAGAACUGAAGGACAAGGAGAAGGAAAAAAUUGUACAAGAAGCUAUAGACAAUGUGGUGGGAAACUCAGCCUUGAUGACUGUUCUCCGACAGGAAGUAGACAGAUUUAACAAUCUGUUGUUGAUCAUUAAUGAAUCUCUAAAAGCUUUGAUCCUAGCUGUGAAGGGGGAGGUGAUUAUGUCGGAAUCACUGGAGGAGGCCUACGCAGCACUGCUCAGUCAGAAAGUUCCACAAAACUGGAAGAAUGCAUCAUAUGAGUCUUGUAAGCAGCUGGGAUCCUGGACACAUGACCUGUUGAUGAGAGUGGAAUUCUUCGCUACUUGGGCUAGUCUAAUUUGUGGAAAUGUGGAGAAAAUCAUCAAAGCCAGCUUUGCAAACACAAAACAACAAUCUUCCGCUCCACCACCCGACUUAGAACCAGAGGAUCUCUCCCGCAACCAACCUAGAGCCUUUUGGUUAUCUGGAUUCUUCUUCCCACAAGGUUUCUUGACUGGAGUACAACAGAAUCAUGCCAGGAAGCUCGGCAUCUCAGUGGAUUCUCUUGUGUUCAACUUCCAUGUAAAAACCAAGCCCACAGACACCGAGGAGUCUCUGAGUGACCUUAAACACAAACCAUCUGUGAAAACAAGUGCAUUCAAGGGUAAUCAUGCUCCAGAGAACGGGGUUCUGGUGUUUGGCCUUUUCCUGGAUGGUGCCAGCUGGGACCCCAACCACGAAUGUCUACAUGACUCAAGGGCAGGGGACAGAUUCUCAAUGCUGCCAGAGAUUCAUUUUGAACCAGUUCAGAUUUCCACCUCAGACACCCCAGAAAAGUUUGAAUCCAGUGGUGCCACCACCGACACUCCUAGUGUCCCUACAAAACAGACUUACAAAUGUCCUUUGUACAGGACAUCGUCAAGGGCCGGUACAUUAUCGUCAACAGGGCACUCCACCAACUUUGUCACUGCAGUUGAUGUGCCGUCCAAACAUCCGUCCGAUUUCUGGGUUAUGAGAGGAAUUGCCAUGUUGUGUCAGUUAGAUGACUGAUGUGCAUUGUUGAUUUUUUUUUUAGAAUUUUAUUUCCUUCUAUUGAUAUUGUUUUAAUGCACAUUACAUUAAAUGCAUUAAUUUAUGUAUGUUGUGUUUGAAAUAUGAGUUUAUGUCAUGAAUGUACAUUUGUAGGAUAUAUACGUCUAUGUUGCCGACUGUGAUCGUAUUUUAAACUGCUGACUCUACUCUUGUAUCUCUGCUGCAAAAACAGUUUGGAGUAGCGUUUUGUGAACUUCCGUCCUCUAUUCAGAAUGUGAUAUAUGUACUAUUUGAUAGAUUAUUGUGCCUUGAAUCUGACCUGCUGACCCUACUGUUUUGAUUAAGUGUACAAUAUAUUAUAUAGGUACAGCCUAUAAUACCUAUACAGGGUUCAUUGUUUUAUGUAUUACUUUCACUGAAGGUUUUUAUAGUUUUUACAGUGGUAUUUAUAAAGUGCAUUUACAGUGUACUUGCCAUGCAGUUCUGAAAACAUUACUUUGACCUCUGUGAUACAGUUAUUCAGUCAUUUGUAAAAAUAAUUUUUUUGUUCGAAAUUGUACAAAAACAAAUAAAUAAAAAGAAUGAUUCAUA